CCUUUUCUCCUUUCCUGAUGACAUUAAACCAUGAAGCUUGUGAGAUUUUGUGUUGCAGUUGUGUCUGGCCCUAGAAUACUUGCAUGCUAACCCUAACGUAGAAGACUAGCCUGUGUGCUGCAGCUGGAUGCUGCCCUCGCGUGUCCAGCAUGUUCGGGAACGUACUGCCCCCCCAUCCUGUCUGUGACUCCAUUCACCGUGACAUUAGGCUGAAAAACCUUGUUGAUGAACGAGAAUGCUUGUUAGAACAGAUUAAAAAACUGAAAGGGCAGCUGGAAGAGAGACAGAAGAACGGCAAGCUAGAAAAUGUGAGGUCUGAAGAAGACAUCUUGGAAAAUGGGACAGAUAUCCACGUACUUGAUCUACAAAGGGACGCCAACAGACAGAUCAGUGACCUCAAAUUUAAACUUGCCAAGUCUGAGCAGGAGAUAACUGCGUUGGAGCAGAACGUCAUACGGUUAGAGGGGCAGGUAUCUCGCUACAAGUCAGCUGCUGAGAACGCAGAGCGGGUGGAGGAUGAGCUGAAAGCAGAAAGCAAACCAAAGAGGUGGGGGGGUAGCCCAGAGGGGCCCAGCCCGGGGCCCUGGCUUGAGGGGCACGACUCCUGGACCCCUUAA